AUGAAGUUCCUGACGACUCUAGCCUUUCUGGCGCCAUUGGUGGCUUCACGCUCUGUUAAUGUGGAGUCACCGAGCCCACGUACAGACAAAGUCAGCUAUGAUGGGUAUCACGUCUACAGCAUAAGAGCAGCAGACAAGAUCGAGGCCGAAUUCAUUGAGAAACGAUUCGCAAACUACCAUACAGAGGUUACAAGCCGCGGAUUCGAAGUCGCUAUUCCGCCCAAUGAAGUCCGUAGCUUCAAAGAGUUGGAUCUCAAUGCCCGCCUGCUGAGCGCCGACCUUGGAGAACAAAUUCGACGUGAGGAUAAGGCCUCGGUCUAUAAGCGUGGGCUACACAGGGCCGGCCAGCUACCAGACCUCUCUUGGUAUCAGUCGUAUCACCCAUACGAAGAUCAUCUUCAGUAUUGGGAUGACUUGGCUGCAGCUUUCCCAAAGAAUUCUAAAAAAUAUGACAUUGGCACUUCAUAUGAAAAUCGCACCAUACAUGCGUUUCACCUGUUUGGCGAUAAGGGUGAGAAAGGCAAUAAGCCCAUCAUUCUGUGGCAUGCCACUGUUCAUGCUAGAGAGUGGAUUACCACCUCGGUAAUUGAAUACUGGGCGUGGCAGCUGAUUAACGGAUACAAGACAAAAAAUAAGGAGAUUACAAAGUUCUUAGACUACUAUGACUUCUGGCUUGUUCCAUUCCACAACCCGGAUGGCUUCUCUUACACGCAAACGACUGAUCGAAUGUGGCGUAAGAACCGAUUGCCUCGCAGCAACACCACAUGUGUUGGCACAGAUCUUAACCGCAACUGGAAAUUUGAAUGGGGAGGCGAACCAAGCACUGGAGCUGCAUCCACCAACCCAUGCGCUGAGACCUUUCAAGGUCUAAACCCAGGUGACACCCCUGAAAACAUCGCGGUAUCAGGGCUCUCAGACAAACUCGGAGCAUCACGCAAGGGAAUUCGGUCCUACAUUGAUCUUCACAGCUACGGUCAGAAGAUCCUGACGCCUCCUGGUUGGACCUGCAACACCACUCAAUAUCCUGCCACGCUUCCUCGCAUGCUUGAGAUUGCUGGAGGCUUUGCAAAUGCUGUACAAGCAUUCGAUACCCGGAAUGAGACUUAUCAGUAUGGUACGGGUUGCGAUAUUGAAUACUAUUCAGCAGGGAAUGGCCGUGAUCACCACUAUGGCGCCUAUGGCGCGGACCAUUCUUGGACGCUUGAAUUAGACCCAGUAACAUCUGGUCAAGGUGGCUUUGUUCUGCCUCCUGAAAAUAUCUGGCCCGUUGUUCAGGAGCAGUGGGCUGGGGAGUUGUGGUUGCUCAAUAAUGUAUGGAAAAAUUAG